AUGUAUGAGGAGGUAUUGGCCCACUUUGUCACGGAAGACUACGCGCUACCUGGGGCUAAGGAAGGAAAGGGAGCAUUGAUGGAAGAGGAGAAGUUUUGGCUGUCUAGGGAAUGUCUCCUCCGCUACCUGCGCGCGGUCAAGUGGCACUCAGCGGACCAAGCCAUCAAGAGACUGGAAGAUACUCUCAAAUGGCGACGAGAGUUCGGUAUCUACGAAAUGACGGAUUCGCAUGUUGAACCUGAGCUCGUGACUGGCAAGAUGAUCAUCUCUGGUUAUGAUACCCAACGGAGGCCUGCUCUAUAUUUGUUACCCAGCCGUCAAAACACAGAAGAGUCGCAUAGGCAGAUAGAGGUAACUGUAUGGUGCUUAGAGCGAACACUUGAUCUCGCUGGCCCUGGUGUCGAGUCCUUGACGCUUAUGAUCAAUUACGCGGACAGAGGGAAGAAUCCCUCCAUGAGCACCUCCAGAACCGUCCUUAGUAUCUUGCAGAACCACUAUCCCGAACGCCUUGGCGCUGCCCUCAUCCUCAACCUCCCCUUCCUUCUCAACGCUUUCUAUAAGCUCAUAACCCCAUUCAUCGACCCUAUCACCCGCGCAAAGAUGAAGUUCAACCCAUCACCCAUCACAGACGGACUCUUCACCCCCGAACAGCUGUUCAAACCAGGAGGUUGGGGAGGAAGCGUGGAGUUCGAGUACGAACACGAAAAGUACUUCAAACCUCUAGUGGAGCUAUGCCAGCAGAGAGCGGAAGCACAGAUGAAGGCUUGGAGGGAGAUGGGCGGUGGUGUAGGGCUUAGUGAGUGGGACUUCAAGACGAAGGCUGAGGGGAUCAAACCCGAGGCAGAACAUACUGAGGUCGAAAAAGUCGCUGAGGCGGUCGAGGUAGAGACGCCAGAAGUAGUGGGUGUUGCUGCAUGA